AUGUUCUCACCUGAAGACCGUGACUUGAGUACAGAACCGUUCCACUGUAACGCUGAUGGCUGUAAUUUCCAUUGUGACAAUUGUGAAAGAAUGGUUGAACACAUCAGAGAGCACCAUAACACUGACCCCAUGAUCAAUACAUUUGAAACAACAGAAGACACAUUUAGAAGAAUAACGGCCAUCAAAAUAGACAAGACAGGCAUCGAAGAACUUAACCCUCUAAAAUACAGAUGCUCGUAUUGCGACGAGUUAUUCACCGAAGCAGAAGAUCAUGCCAUCCAUAUGAUUUCACAUCUCACAGAAAAAUUAUCACCAGAUAUAUCUUUCUUUUUCAACGACAUUUUACGCCUUUACAAAACUAUCGACAAACCAACAGUACAAAAUUUAUUUCCAGAAACACAAGUCGCAAUUUUUGACACACUUGAAGAAACAAACAGAUUCAGACUUAUCGUAGGAAGAGAAGCCAUAGAAACAAUUGAAGAAGCAUUCCCUCCAAGUCCACCAGGAACAGAUCGGAAACCAUCCAUAAUCAUCACAGACACCUGUCAACUCAGGUUUGUACCAUGCAUGGAUGAACCACCAAAAGGAGAUCUCAGAAUUUUGACUCUACUUUUAAGAGAUUUCAGCGCACACAAUAUCCCGAUUAAAUCACUGAACAAUAAGGAACUAAUUGCUGAUAAAGACAUCGAUUACAGCCCAGAUUUUGUCGAAGGAGCUCUAGCCAACGCAGAAGAACAUGAUACAACGAACAGCCAGAACAACAAUGGAAGAUACAUUAACUCAGCCGAAAAAACUUACAGAAUUUUUAAUACAAUGUGA